GUGUAUUUCAGCCGGUUUCAAAUAAUAGCUGAUCUUCAAGUCUCCUCCUCCAGAGAGAGAAAGAGAGAGAGAGAGAGGGAGAAGAAUCUCAUCAUCAAUCUCCGGAUCCAAUCAAAUCGAUUACGUAUCGUCUCUUUAUUAGGGUUGUUGGAGAUUCUGUGGUUUAGAAGAUGGCUGACAAAGAGGAUCAUCAUCCUCCUCGUGGGAAUGAAUGGGAAGUUGUUUCGCUUACUUCAUCAGCUUAUGCUGCUUCUCCUGGUCCUUAUAACGUUGAGUCCAAAGAUGCGAGGAAGUUUGAUCAUGCGUACUACGGAGCUGCGACUUCGCGUGAUUUGUUCAUGUCUGACCACUUUGUGUUCCCACCUAGCCAGCAUGAGGAUUUACCAAUUGUUGAUGAUGAUGAACCUGUCUUGGAAGAGGAAGAAGGGAGUAAGGAUGGCCAAGGCUUGAUGAUGCCAGAAGAAGGUCAGGGAUUGUCUGAUGAACCUAAUAGUACUUCGAGACAGUACAUGGAAUCAGACCGGUUAAUUGAUUCUGAGCCAAAUGAGAAUGACGAGGAGGAGGAGUUGGAUCUUCGUUCUCAUACUGCAAAGGAUACACUUGGAGUUGAGAAGGAUGGUAAGAAGGCGAGACACGACGUUCCUUGCGAAGCGUGGUGGAGAAGGAGAGCUGUUUCCAUGUAUAUACGCACAAGAGAAGCGAAUGCGAUGUGGUCUUUGUUCUUUGCAGCUGCUGUCACGGGACUAGUGGUUCUUGGUCAACGCUGGCAGCAAGAGAGGUGGCAGGUUUUGCAGCUCAAGUGGCAGUCAAGCAUCAGUAGCGAGAAGCUGAGCAGGGUACUUGAACCUCUCUCUCGCUUGAAAGGUGUGAUUGUGAGAAGUAACCCACAAGCUUCUCUCGUAAGGAGUGGCACCUCCAGUGAGAUCUAGUGACAAAAAAAAAGCCAUUGUAUCAUUCGUUGCUCACACAGCACAGGUACAUAAACAAACUUGUUCUUGAGUUACAUGUGUGUGCCUCAACGUCAAACGCUUUUGGUUUUCUUCAGCCUAUGUUGGCUUUAUCAUCUUGUACUAUUAGAACGGAGAUUCAAUUCCCUUGUCACACAAGUCACAGGACUCUCUCUUUCAGUGCGAAAAGCUUCUUUCGUCUUUAUUUUUUUUGUUAGCUUCUUUCUUGUCUUAGUGUGUGUGAAAAUAUAGACACAUUAUACACUUGAUUUUCUCUUUUUAAAUUACGAAUUUUUAUUUUA